ACUUUGUGUAUCGGUUGCGUGCGCGUGAGUCAGCCAAUGCGAUUGCGAUUUUCACAACCUUUCACUAUGACCUACAUUGAGUGAACUAAAAAAAAAGUUGUUUGGACUCAUUAAAAAGUGAUGAUGAAUGCGUAAAUCUACGCGUAAACCUCUAAUGCGAGCUUGGUAGCUAACAUCACGAUUAACGUCACGUUUGCGUCUUUGAGAAAUCCAUUGUUUCUUCCUCCGAGUUUGGAACGUUACUAUUAUUUCCUUAUUUUACUCAAGCACUGACAGAAUGUGAAUGUCAAUAUUUUUCUUAAAACGAUCUAAUUUAAUAAUAACAGUAUGGCCGUAUAUUGCCAUCUAACGGUUGUCAAUGGCUAUUACACUUGAAUGUUUCAUUGGGCGCACGUUCAAAUAGUAGUUUUAGAUAGGCGAAAUGUAAGAAGAGGACCCAAAUGGUGCAGAAAUGAGGAAAAUGUUACCGUUCUGAAUUGUUUAUUUGAAUGCCCAAUACGACGGGGAGUGGAGUGGAGUCUAGGCGGGGUGGCAACUUGCCACUGGUCCAAGCGGUCCACAGGUGCGGGCCUCAGGCAGACGGGCAGGGAGUCUUCACGAAAGCAAUGAUGGCAACGAGCGAUUUGUAAUCGGAGAGUAUGGAAAACUAAACAUGCAUUCAAAAUAGAUGGACCGAUGUAUAUGGUAAACGUAGGAGCUGCAACACAUACAGUGUCAAUCGUGGUCAUGCAAGGACGCCGACCUUGCUUUAGGUACCAAGUAUGUGAGCGUGUCCGGAAGAAAGAACGCAGCUGCUCCGCUCAAAUAACACACGGGCGCCCGCACACACACGCACGCACGCACACGCACGCACGCACACACAACACACAACUCAGAUUAACGCAGGAUUGGCCACCUGACCGAGUAGGAGGCUCGUUGUGCGCAGACUCCGGGGCAAUCUUCCACAAGCCUCCUUAUAGCAGUUGUUACUGUCAGAUGACGGAUGGCGUCACUCCUCGUGAUUUCCAGAGUGUAUACGAAACUUCUACCUGUGACGUAAUGGCCACUGGGGCCGGACCAUGCGACCAUCCUGAGCGCAGCGAUCUUUAGCCAGGAAAGAAACUUCCAGCCUGGGCAUGCGGAGGUUGCUGCUGCGCGAGGCCAUCAAGCGCUUCCCCUGGCUGGCCAAUGUGACGCUGUACGGCGGCCUGUUCGCUGGAGGUGACUUGGUGCACCAGCUGCUGGCGCAAAAGGAGCGCCUGGACUGGACGCACACGCGCAACGUAGCCGUGGUGGCGGUCACCUUCCACGGCAACUUCAACUACUUCUGGUUGAGGGCGCUGGAGCGACGUUUCCCUGGAAAGUCAGCCGGGAUGCUCUUCCGAAAGCUGCUCCUGGACCAGAGCUUCGCCUCGCCGUUGGCCACGAGCGUCUUCUACACGGGGGUGAGCAUCCUAGAGGGCAAGGAUGACAUCUUUGAAGACUGGCGGGAGAAGUUCUUCAACACGUGGAAGACUGGACUCAUGUACUGGCCUUUCAUGCAGUUGCUGAACUUUGCGCUGCUGCCUCUGCACAUGCGCACGGCCUUCAUGGGUUGCUGCGCCUUCCUAUGGGCCACCUUCCUCUGCUUCUCCCGCCAGGACGGCGACGGGACGGCCGGCGUGGCGCUGGCCUUCGUCAUGGACCCCCGGAAGACCCUGGAGGAGAUGCGACAGGCCCGCCUGGCCAGGAAGCGAGACCGACAGACCAAAACGGACAACUAGCCACGUGCCCCUGUUGAAUACCAACAAUUUAAGACGUCAUCAACCCGGAGCACCAAGGACGUGACCUUGCACAUUGGGGCCAUACAUUUGCAUGUCUUUUUUAAGGCAGCAGGUAGUGAUAUAGCCCCAGAAACAAAAGAUGAGCAAGUCAGUAAAUUGUCAGGCUGACAAUUUUUAAUCAAUAUGUACUUGAGUUUAGUUUCAUUGGGCAGUAACAGGUUUCACAGGGGUCCCACAUGAGUGUGGUGGACAGUGCAGCUCCUAAAACUCAACUCGAAGGCUUGGUCAUUCUACUUGACACCAUUUUGUGCCUUGUCGUGUCAACGCACAGCGUUUGUUUUGACUGUUUCCUACCUCAAUGACAAAUGGACCAGUCAUCUAAAUUUAGCCGUCUAGACAAGACAGAUAUGCAGAAUGUGUUUUGACAACAAACUACACUUGAAAUCCACAAAGGUUCAAUGGAGGCAACUGGGACUGUUGCCAUCAGCCGAGGUACCUCAUUAUGUACUGUAAAAACAGCAAGACUAUUAAUUAAUACUAUAUGUCUGUUGCAGUAUUUUUAAUAAGUGAAUCAAAAUGUUGAUUUUACCACCGAAAACUGAUGAACAUAUCAUUUCUGACAUGUUACAGACCAAACCAGUGACUAUAUCAAAAUUGAAUUGUGCACUCUCAAUUAGAAGUCAUGUCUGUUUUUUAAACAAAGUGAUAGGAUUUGAAACAUGUCCGAUUUAUCAAUCAACAAAACUGACAGAUCAAUUGAUUAUUGAAACAGUUGCAGGAUGCCACCCAGGAAUUGAAAUCAACAUGGAAAGGAGUUUGAAUAAAAUGAGUUAGCAAUG